AAAAGUUUCCUUGCGAUCACUUCGUCGGGUCUGCUACAACCGCGCCCGUGCGGCCUCGAGCCCUCUGCACCCACCGUCCGACACACUCCGCGUCCUUGAUACGCUCCUUUAUUCACCAUGAACAUCGCGCACAGUCUGUCUUCGACUGUGAAGGGCAUUUCUUUUUCCUUCCUCACGAGCGAAGACGUGCGCCGGAUUUCGGUCAAGCAGAUCGUGAAUGUCAAUCUACUCGAUGAUAUGAACCGGCCGAGUGUGGGAGGGCUUUACGAUCCGGCGCUGGGGCCAACGGAGAAGCAGGAUAUUUGCUCGACCUGCCGAUUGACGUUCUUCACCUGCCCUGGCCACUUCGGACACAUCGACCUCCCCGCACCCGUUUUUCAUCCUCUCUUCAUGGGGAAUAUGUUCAAUUUGUUUCGGGAUACCUGUCUGUUCUGCCACCAGUUCAAGAUGGGAAGGACCAUCCUCGCCAAAUACGUUGCCAAAUUCAGACUUCUGGAGCACGGCUUGUUGGAUGCCGCGCAGGGUGUGGAUGAUAUUCACCUGCGAGUUUCCACCCGAGCUGCUGCUCCCAAGGAGAAGAAGACCAAGGCCAAGAAGGGGAAGUCGAAGAAAUCGGAUGAGGACAGCUCCGAUGAUGAAGCGGGUGGACGCAUAGUUACCGUUCCCGGCGAGUCGCCUGCAGCCUUCAUCAAACGACUUAACAUGUAUGUUAUGCUGCACCUGAAACGUGCUAGCGACUCCAAGCGGGACAACUACAAGGAUGGAUUGGUGUACCGAGCUCGGAAGGAGCUGAUUGCGGAGUUUUUGAAAGCCUCUUCACUAUCAAAAUGUCGGAACGUAGAUUGUGGAUGUCCUGCAUACACAUUCCGCAAGGAAGGACAUACGAAGAUUGUCGAAUACGAUCUGUCGAAGAAGCAAAAGGCUCAGUGUGUGCGCAAACGCCCGGAUGUGUUGCUUCGGGAACAAGAAAAGAAACUGGCGAAGCAUCUUUCUGAAACCAGGGCUGCAGGAGACGGGGAUGCCAAUAUGUCGGAUGCCGAGGAUCUGAGUGAGGACGAAGAGGACGAAGAGGAUGACGGAGAAGACUUGAUGGAAAGCCCACAAAAGCAAACCUCUGCUGUGGACGCUCUUCCCCGCGCAGCCAACGGUCGCGUGAAGACAUCGCGCGGACGGAAUGAAAGGGUCGUUACACCGGAGGAAUGCCGUGCACAUCUGCGCCGGCUCUUCGAAAACGAACCCGAGAUGUGCUCGCUGCUCUACGGCAGGCACGGUCCCUUUGCCGCAGUCUCCGCCGAAGGUCUCUCGCUCGCGUCAGCCGAUAUGUUCUUUCUGGACGCGGUCCCCGUCGCGCCCACUCGCUUCCGACCCGCAGCGCACAUGGGUGACAAGCUGUUCGAGCAUCCGCAGAACGAGCUGCUAGAGAAGAUUCUCCGGACAUGCUACCGUCUGCGGGAUCAGAAUCUGCAGCUGCGACAAGCAUCGGUGAAGACACCCGAAUUCGAUGAGACCCUGCGCAAGAGGAUAAUGUCUAGUCUGCUGGAAAACCUGGUGCAACUCCAAGUCGAUGUGAACAGUUUCAUGGACAGUAGCAAGAAUCCGACUCCCAUGAGGCAGGGCAAGCUGCCACCCGCUGGUGUUAAGCAAGGAUUGGAGAAGAAGGAGGGAUUGUUCCGAAUGCAUAUGAUGGGCAAACGUGUCAACUAUGCUGCUCGUUCAGUCAUCUCUCCAGAUGUGAACAUUGAACCAAACGAGAUCGGCGUUCCACCUGUGUUUGCUCAAAAGCUUACGUUUCCGGAGCCCGUAACACCGGCCAAUUUCCAUGAGAUGAGGCAGCGGGUGAUCACCGGACCAAAGGGUUAUCCUGGAGCAACCUUGGUGGAAUACGAGGAUGGGCAUCAAGUGCUUUUGGACAAAUUGACUGUGGAACAACGCACAGCCAUAGCCAAUCAGUUGCUCACGCCCCAAGAGAACGAGCACGGGGGAACGGCCCGCCGGGGAUUGUAUACUCGCACACCCGCUAUCAACAAGAAAGUGUAUCGCCAUCUGCGAGACGGAGACAUGCUUAUCCUCAACCGACAACCGACACUCCACAAGCCCAGUAUGAUGGCUCAUAAGGCACGGGUGCUGCGAGGCGAAAAGACAAUCCGAAUGCACUACGCGAACUGUAACUCCUACAAUGCUGAUUUCGAUGGUGACGAAAUGAACAUCCACUUCCCUCAAAACCAAAUCUCUCGCGCCGAGUCGAUGUUUAUCGCCAACACCGACAACCAAUACCUGGUCCCUACGUCCGGAAACCCGCUUCGCGGUCUUAUCCAGGAUCACGUAGUGGCUGGUGUAUGGAUGACCACCCAAGACGCGUUCUUCACUCGGGCAGAGUACUUUCAGCUUCUGUAUGGCGCUUUGAGGCCUGAAGAUGACGUAUACGAGGGCGGAGAACCUCCGAGGCUGGUGACACUUCCGCCGACAAUAUGGAAGCCCCGCCCUCUUUGGACUGGCAAGCAGAUCAUUUCCACUGUGCUGAGGAACAUCACACCAGAGAGGAUGGACGGAUUGAAUCUGAAUGCGAAGACCAAAGUGCCGGGACAUCUCUGGGGUAACGAUUCGAAAGAGGAUAAGGUCAUCUUCAUGGACGGCGAACUGCUAUGUGGUGUUCUCGACAAAGCAGCCUUUGGAGCAUCGGACUACGGCAUGGUGCAUUCGGUGUACGAGUUGUAUGGGUCGGAAGUGGCGGGCAAGCUAUUAGGAAUUCUCAGUCGACUGUUCACCAAAUUCCUCCAACAUCGCGCAUUCACAUGUCGUAUGGACGAUCUCACUCUCACCCCGGAGGGCAAUCGCUGGAGGACGGAUUUGAUCAAGAAGAGCAGCAACUGGGGAACGGAGGCGGCAAUCGAGAAUUUCCCAUCCCUCAAAGACACCCCCAAACACGAGAUCAAGCCCGCUCUCACUUCUCUGCUGCAGGACGUGCUGCGGGAUGACAACAAAAUGGCCGGCCUCGAUAUGACGGUCAAGACGAAGAUGGGCAAACUUACUACGGCCAUCAGCGACGCGUGUAUGCCCACCGGUCUGCAGCGCAAGUUCCCGCACAACAACAUGCAGACGAUGACGCUUUCUGGAGCCAAGGGCAGUGCUGUCAACGCCCGCCAGAUCUCAUGUGCGUUGGGUCAGCAGGAGCUUGAGGGCCGGCGUGUCCCGGUCAUGAUCAGCGGCAAGACGCUGCCGUCGUUCCGACCGUUUGAGACGAAGGCCAUCGCUGGUGGCUAUGUUGCCAGUCGUUUCUUGACGGGAAUCAAACCGCAGGAGUUCUACUUCCACUGCAUGGCUGGUCGAGAGGGGCUGAUCGACACCGCCGUCAAGACAUCGCGUUCAGGCUAUCUCCAACGCUGUCUGAUUAAGCAUCUGGAGGGUAUCCGCAUCCACUACGACAACACGGUCCGGGGAAGCGACUCGUCGAUCUAUCAGUUCCAGUAUGGCGGCGAUGCGCUGGACGUCACCAAGCAGAAACAUCUCCGAGAGUUCCAGUUCAUCGCGCAGAAUGAGCUGUCUUUUGUCAACAUCCUGAACCCCAAGCGACUGAUGGACGACGGUGCCGUCGACUCGGAAAAGGCGUCCAAACUCAUGAAAAAGGUGCUCAAGAAGAAAGGAACAUACGAUCCGGUUCUGUCGCAAUUCAAUCCCAGUCGCUUCCUGGGUAGCACAAGCGAGUCGUUUGCCGCUGCAGUUGACGAUUACGUGAAGAAGAAUCCGGAUGAGCUGCUGUCUGAAAAGGGCAAGGAGCUGCCGUACCAGAGCAGCCGCUCGCUGGUUAAUCCCAAAAACUUCAAGACGCUCAUGAACAUCAAAUACAUGCGUAGUCUGGUCGAACCGGGCGAGGCGGUCGGGCUGCUGGCUUCUCAAGGUGUUGGUGAGCCCUCAACACAGAUGACGCUGAACACCUUCCACUUUGCUGGGCACGGAGCUGCCAAUGUCACACUCGGAAUUCCCCGGUUACGUGAAAUUGUCAUGACAGCGUCGCAAAAGCCCAAGACCCCCUCCAUGUCGAUGACUGUCAGCUCGUCUGCCACACAAGAAGAGAUUGACGUGUUCUGCAAACGGGCAAGCCGUGUCACGCUGUCCCAGGUCGUCGAGAACGUGACUGUACGCGAGCGAUUGACAGUGCAGGGCGAGGCGCGGAGGACCCAGUUCACGGUUGAUCUCACGCUCUUCCCCAAGUCCGAAUAUCAGGAAGAAUACGACAUCGACCCGACGGACAUUCUGGGCUGUUUCACGACCAAAUUUCCACUCACCCUGAAGAAGGAGAUGCAGAACGAGAUGAAGAAGCUCGACGCGGAUCUGAAGGCGCAGAUCAGAGAACUCGGUCAGGGAAAGAAGAGCAAGGAUAAGGAAGGUGGUGGCGAUGAGGACGGCGAUGAAGACGGCGAAGAAGUCGCGCCGCGCAAAAAGAGGCCGGCCGAUGACGACGAGGAUGACGACGAGGACGGGGAUGGCGACGCUGACGACGAGAAACGCGCGAGACAGAAGAAGCAGUUAGCCACAUACGAGGAAGAUGAAGACGAAGACGAUGAAGAGCAGGGUGCCAUGAACGACGACGACAUUGAAGCUGCGUAUGCUUCCGAUACAUCGAUGCCGCCUGUACCCAAGACCAAGAAACACACCCCGCUGACGAAAAAAGUCGCAGUUGUUGGUGACGUGUUCCUCCGGAAUAUGACACACGCGACUUCGUUUGACUUCAGCGAGGCGAAGGUCACAUUCCAGCUCGAAUUCAACCCGGACAUGCCCAAGCUGCUUCUAGUCGGGAUUCUAGAACGAACGUGCAGAGCGACCGUCAUCCGGCAGAUUCCAGGCAUCAGCGACUGUUUCCAGGUCAAGGAGGAUGGCAAGGGCAAAGGCCCCACUAAAAUCAAGCUCACGACCAACGGCUCCAACUUCCAAGGGUUGUGGUUGUUCAAUUCCGGAGCCGACCAAAGCAUUAUCGAGGAAAACGACAUGUAUUCGAACGACAUCUACGCCAUUCUGAAGACUUACGGGGUAGAAAUGGCCCGUGCGGCCAUCCUGCACGAGAUGUCGUCUGUCUUCGGCGUGUAUAACAUUCAGGUCGACAACCGCCACCUGCAGCUCAUUGCGGAUUAUAUGACCUUUGACGGUGGCUAUAAACCCUUCAAUCGACAGGGUAUCUCAACCAAUCCGUCGCCCCUUCUCAAAGCGUCGUACGAGACAACCGCCGCGUUCUUGAGUGAUGCCACUCUCUACGGUGACUUCGACGAUCUCUCGACACCGAGUGGAAACAUCGUCCUGGGCAGACCGAGUCUGUCUGGAACUGGUGUGUUUGAUGUUGUUGUGCCUGUUGCUGUCGCUGCAUAGAAUGCUACUUAUCUGAAAAAGUACCAUAACUAGUUCUGUACCAUUAUCUUAUCUUAUCUGUAGCCAUUGUGUCCGGGGGCCGCACCAAGUAUCCGGGGUCACGCAUUCAACAUCACGUCGCGAACACCAGAACAAACAGAAAUUUUCACCACGUGUUGACAACGCGUCUCACUAAUUGUCCACAGUCACGUCGAGCCGUUCCAUUGUUCCCGCACCUUUGUUCUUCCCUUCCUCCCUCACCAUCCUCACCCAGACGCGCGCCCAAAUGCCCCGUUCAUCCUCCGCUAGCAAGUCUCGUCAUCCCGGUCCCCUGAAGGACCUGCCUCUCGAGCGAUUCCUUCCACCCGAUCCCAACCUCCCUUCCGCGUCGAAAGGCGGCAUGAAACGCGCGCUCUCGCCGGCCAUUCCCAGCCUGUUCAGCCCGACUAAACGCCGCAUUCUAGUGGACGAAGGGAUCUUCUCUGGUUCGUCAGUGAAGACCCCCGCGCGGCUCCGCGCUCUUCCCGUCGGUAGUCCGGUCAAGAAACUCGAUCUCGGUCUGGGAUCGCCACACGGGGGUGCCUCGUCGUCACUUUUCCUGUCUUCGCCACGCACGACGCGUCGCUCGAGCGCGUUGGACGCGGCUCGCACGUUGUCUUCUGCAGCACCCGCGCUGGUCCCCGGCAUCGACUCAUCUUUCCCCGUGUCCUCCUCAUCUUCCUCAUCCGCGGCCGACUUCAUUCCCGGUGAACUGCGCAAGAUCCCACGCGAGGUUCCACCGGCGGUCGAUCCUCAGUCGGUUCACUACCCCGGCUUUGUGGUGUGCCAGGACGCGUACGUGCUCGUUGGACCCGUCGCGCCCAUGUGUCCCCCGUCACCUCAGAAGGAUGAGGCCAAAGAGAAUGCGGCACCCCGGCGCGCUGCCAAGGCGGGACGCAAGUCUACUUCAACGGACUCGCUGGUGCUCGGUGGCGACCUCAGCACCAAGACACCGCGUCCGGCCAAGUUGCGCGCGUCACUGACCCCAACGCCCCGACGAGUGAUGCGGUCGUCGCAUACACCCGUGCUGCCGGACGACGAGCGCAAAGCCCUGCGGCGCAUGAUGGAGGAGGAGGCGGAUGGGAACCAGACCGACGACGACGACGAGAUGAUUUUGGCGUAAAUCCCACCCGCCGAAAUGGUGGCCGGCUUCGAACCGGUCAGCGCUGCAACUCGCUCUCCUGCACAGUGCACCAUCUUUCCAAUCCCUGACAUCGCUACACCCCUGCAUCUUCUGCAUCUCUAACCCCCGGCCUUUUAUCUAAUUGUUUGUAUAUAACUUAACACUGCGACGACUUUUUACGACACUUUUCCUCUUCUCCUCCUGCUUGAUCUAUUUUUACGCCCCCCUCUUGAUUUGUGUGUAGGAACAUCUUUUUACUUAUAAGUACAAAGCACAGGUAGUUUACCGUCCCCAAUCGUAUUCGAUGCGGCCUGGCCUGGUCCAGGUCAUGGGAAGUCUGCA